CCUCUUCCACAACCCAAUCUCACCUCUCAAUUCCCCAAACCCAAUCAAACCCUAAAUUCCCAGAUCCCAGCAAUGGCCCGUACCAAGCAGACCGCCCGUAAGUCCACCGGAGGAAAAGCCCCACGCAAGCAGCUGGCCACCAAGGCUGCCCGGAAGUCUGCCCCGGCGACCGGAGGAGUGAAGAAGCCUCACCGCUUCAGGCCCGGUACAGUGGCGCUGAGGGAGAUCAGGAAGUACCAGAAGAGCACUGAGCUUCUGAUCCGCAAGCUGCCCUUCCAGAGGCUUGUGAGGGAGAUUGCUCAGGACUUCAAGACUGAUCUGAGGUUCCAGAGCAGCGCUGUCGCCGCGCUUCAGGAGGCGGCGGAGGCCUAUUUGGUGGGCCUAUUUGAGGAUACUAAUCUCUGUGCCAUUCAUGCUAAGAGGGUUACGAUUAUGCCCAAGGAUAUUCAGCUUGCUAGGAGGAUUAGGGGCGAGAGGGCUUAGAUUUGACUCUCUGAUGUGAUUUGGUGCUGUCGUAUUAAGAAUAGGUAGUAGUUCUGUUCUUUUGGAAGAUUUUCAGUUCAGUUUAUGAGUAUGAAUGGAAUUGGCAUCUGUUAAUGUAAAGGGAAACCUUGAGUUCAGUGUAUGAGUAAAUUUCUUUGUUGGGUUUAAUGUUGUGCACUCUAUGUGUUUGUUAUAAGUACUCUAAAACAAUGGAUAGUAAAUUUAUGCU